ACGUAGGUACAGCGCGCGCGCCUCUGACUCACGCAGACGUAAAGGCCACGAGGGCAACCCCGUGCCCUUUAUAUCCCGCGAGAGUUCCGCACCGAGCCGCCGGCCGGAGCGGAGGCAGAAGCUAGCGGCGGCGCCAGAAACGCGAUCACGGCAACCAACCCCGCCGCGCGCGCGCGCGCACACCGCGCCGGUUUCAUGGGAGUGGAGGCGGCCGGCGGCUGCGGUCGGAGGGCGGUCGUCACCGGAUUCUACGUCUGGGGCUGGGAGUUCCUCACCGCCCUCCUGCUCUUCUCGGCCACCACCACCUCCUCCUACUAGCUAGCCCCCCCACACAAAGAUAGAUAGAUAGAUAGAUAUACACAGAAACACAAGUAGGUACGUAGAGCAAGAGAUAUAGCGGAGGGAGGUAGGUGAUCGACCGAUGGCGGCGGUGGCGAGGCAGCAGCAGAAGGGCGGCGGGGGGAGGGGAGGCGGCGGCGGCGGCGGCGGGCCGGCGCCGUUCCUGACGAAGACGCACCAGAUGGUGGAGGAGCACGCGACGGACGAGGUGAUCUCGUGGGGGAAGGAAGGGCGGUCGUUCGUGGUGUGGAAGCCGGUGGAGUUCGCCCGCGACCUCCUCCCGCUCCACUUCAAGCACUGCAACUUCUCCUCCUUCGUCCGUCAGCUCAACACCUACGGUUUCCGCAAGGUUGUGCCGGAUCGGUGGGAGUUCGCGAACGGCAACUUCCGGCGAGGCGAGCAAGGCCUCCUCUCCGGCAUCCGCCGCCGCAAGGCGACGACGCCUCAGUCCUCCAAAUCCUGCGGCAGCGGCGUCAACGUCGCGUUCCCUCCGCCGCUGCCUCCUCUGCCCCCGGCGCCGUCGGGGACAACGUCCAGCGGCAACGACCGCAGCUCCUCCUCGGCGUCCUCGCCGCCGCGGGCGGACAUCACCAGCGAGAACGAGCAGCUCAGGAAGGACAACCGCACGCUGACGACGGAGCUGGCGCGGGCGCGGCGGCAGUGCGAGGAGCUCCUGGGCUUCCUGUCGCGCUUCCUCGACGUCCGCCAGCUCGACCUCCGGCUGCUGAUGCAGGAAGACAUGCGAGCGGUGGCGGCCGCCGGCGGCGGCGAGCAGCCAGAGCAAGAGCACUCCCGCGACGACGACAAGUGCGUGAAGCUGUUCGGCGUGCUCCUCGACGACACCCAUGGCGCCGCCACGAGGAAGAGGGCGCGGGCGCGGUGCGAGGAGGCAGCGGCCAGCGAGCGGCCGAUCAAGAUGAUCAGGAUCGGCGAACCCUGGGUCAGCGUGCCGUCCUCGGGGCCGGCGCGGUGUGGCGGCGACAACUGAAGUCCAAACUCAUGCGCGCCGGUGCUGCCUGCUGCGUGCGCGCAUGCACGGGGAAGUUGGCGGCAAAGAAUGGUUCGAUCAGCCAAGAAGUCAUUAGGUAAAACGAGACGAAUUAAGGGCGCCAAAUUAAGACGUGCGUCGCAGAGUUAAUCAUGGAGUGCUAGUAAGGUAGGAAGAGCACGUAGGAGUCAAAGCUGAUCGAUCGAAGCGACGCAGCUGGCUCUUGUCGUUUCAGUUAACACUGAAAGCUUCACCUUUCUAUGGAUUAUACAUGGUAGCUUAAAGUUUUAUCAUGAAAAAUUAAUACAAACUGGAUUGUUUUCCCAAUCUUUUUUUUUGUGUGUAAUUGAGUGCCUCCUUCCCCCCAACAAACCAUCACACUAUUCUUUCACACCCUUAUGUUCCACAUGUCAAAUUAGUCUGCCACGUUUAACUUCUAA